AUGACAUUUGACGGCAAAGAGUUGUCAGUGUUUUUAGGCAUCCCUUACGCCGAACCCCCGGUCGACGGACUCCGGUUCCAGAAGCCACUGCCCGUACGACACAUACCCGACCCAUACGAUGCCACUCAAUGGCCUAAGGCUUGUGUUCAUCAGAAACUACACCAAAACUACUUAAACCAAGAGAUGAGCGAAGACUGUCUAUACCUCAACAUUUGGUCGCCAUCUCUACCAGAAUCUACCGGUGCUCUCAAACCAGUCAUGUUUUGGAUACACGGCGGUGGUAUGAUAGUCGGGUCGUCCGUCGAAAAGUGGUAUUCCGGUCACGUGUUGGCAGCCAUGGGUGAUGUAGUUGUGGUCACAUUCAACUACCGGCUUAACGUAUUUGGUCUGUUAUAUACCGGUGCCAAACACGCCGGUGCUCCCGGAAAUAUGGCGCUAUGGGAUCAGGCGCUGGCACUGGAGUGGGUGGUCGACAACAUCGCCUAUUUCGGUGGCGACCCCAAUAGUAUUACUGUGUUUGGCGAGAGCGCCGGUAGUAUAUCCACCAGUUUUCACAUACUGUCCCCAAUCACCAAAAACCUGUUCCGAAGGGCUAUUAUGAUGUCGGGCUCCGCCACUAAUAAUGUAUGUAAACCCGAGGCCCUCGAAAGGGUUUGGUAUAAUCGGGCUGUUAGUAGCGGUUGCGGUAAAGAUAAUGAAAAUCCGGGACAAUUUACGCCUGAAAUGAUUGAGUGCAUACAGAAAGCACCGGCAGAUCUGUUUCAAACCGAAAGGGAUUUCGGUCGCAGUCCUUGUGAUUUGGAUUUCCUAAUAGACGGACAGUUCGUACUCAAGAAUCCCAUCGAAACCCUUACGUCGGGUGACUAUCGCCAGGAUUUGGAUCUACUGAUCGGAACAGUAGAUAACGAGGGCAGUGGCGACACUAGUAUUGAUGCAAAACUUGUGGCCGACUUAUACUUUACCGGACUGUCCAAUAAUACCGGUGCAGACAUACUGUUACAGACUAUCGGUCGCACGUUCGGUGACUACCGACUUACAUGUCCGACCAAACUGUUUGCUAAGGGUAUCCAUAAGGGGAGUGAGAGGUCCCGGGUUUAUGAGUACUACUUCAACACUAAGUUUACAGCCGGCGCUCAACUAUUCUGUUCCGAUUGGAUGGGUGUCUGUCAUUUCGAUGACAUC